CUGGCCUCGAAAAAGGGAAGUCGGAGGAUGCGGACCCACGCGGGAUCUAGUCCAGGCUGGUGGCGCCCUCAGCAGUCCUCCGAGUACAGCUGCCGGUCCCCACCUCUGAGGCAGAACUUGGAGAAAAUGAGAUCAAAUGGAAGCUACUGGUAUCGGGCCACACGCGUGGCGGCCUCCAAACACCCUUUCAAGAUGAUUCAUGUUGACCCCAAUAGGUCUCGUGAUGGAGAGGCGGGCACUGGGGGUUGCUGGUCGACCCGCAUGAAACCGCACCACAGAGCAUCCAGGGCUGAGAGCGCGGCAAGAGCCUCCUCCGAGCUUAAGCUGCAAGUCCAAGCUCUCACGAACAGAUGGGGAGCUAACACUUUGCCAGCGGGCGGAACAAUCCUGCUAACGCUACCGACGUCCUGGAACUCGACCCCUUGCACAGCGGCCGCUUCUCUCUCUCUCUCGCAGUAGCUCCAGAGAACAAGUGCAGUACGUAACAGCGGCCGCCAGGUGGAGCCCGACAACCGGCGGAAACGGCCGCGGUCCUUAUCCGGGCGCUUUUCUCAGACUCGUGCUGGUGGAGCGCGUCUGGCUCGUCUUGGAGCUCCCGACUUGGAGCUCCCGGUCAGCACGACGCGUCCCCAGCAGCAGACGGGACGUCUGGCUGCUGCGAAGGGUACAGACUCUGCCCACGCGACUCCCGGUGUGGCGCCGGCCUCCAGAGAGGACGUGGAAAAUGUAACCGCGAGCCUGCGGGCCGGGCGCCAUGCCUGGCCGGGCUCUCCAGAGCCGCGCAAGCGGACUUAGAAAAUACUGUGCCCUCAGGUGUGGGCUGAAAAACUGCAACCAUGAAAGGUGAAAUGGCCACCAGACCGAGGCUUUCUGGAAUGCAUUCAUUCUCUGCAGUUGAAAGGGAUGAUCCCGAAUCUGAAAGAAAGAGCCACAGUGACUCCAAGAGUGGAGCCAGGGCAUGCUGGACACUGCACAGCUAUGGCCAUGUGUGUCACCGCCGAGGGAGAUGUGAGAGAAACGCAGAGGGAUUGCUUGUGACUGUGCCUUCUCGAUGUACGAUGGACCGUUCUGCUCAAAUAGUAAGUGUGACCAAGGACCCGGUAAACAUAGGAAACAAAGAAUAUUUCAUUUGACAUUAUAAGGAAUGCGACAAUUAUAGUCACUUGAAAGUAAACUAUAUCUGUUGAGAAUUCCUAGUUUUAAUGGGAAGAAAUGUGCUUCUCUUCUUGAAAAGCCACAGGCUAUUGCUUUUAUAUCUAAUAUCAGUCCUCUCUGGAUUUCUCAAAGGAUUUUCUGUAUAUCCUACCAUUUUCCUUCUGUUGCUGCAGUUUGGAAGUAGUUUGUUAUCAGGAUUAUCAAAGCAUCAUUGCUAUUUAUGACAAUGACUUUAAGAAAUGCAAGAAUGUUUGGAACACUGCAGAAAACAUAUUUCAGCCUGGAAGGCAAAUACUAAUUUCAGGAACUAUUGAUCUAUUAUAACACAGGACCACUCAGACAUUUAGCUCUAAGACUUUUGCAUAUCUGUUGUUAGAGACGUAUAGUGGGGAGCAUGACUCAGCUGCUUUUUAAGUACAAGGUGUUGUCUGCAGCAAAAGAAGAAUUUGAUUGUAGUAUCAACAGAACCAGACAGAACUCUUUGAAUAUAAUUAUAUAUCUUGGAAACUGAUUCAUCAAAGCUAUUAGAUUACAUAGUGUCAUUUAAGCAUCA